GGCAGCUACCUGAAAGCAAGGAAAUAAUGAGAUCACCCAAGGCUCAUUCAGAUCAGCAUGUUCACAAUGGUUAUGAGUGUCACCCAUGAUCAUCAGUCCAAGUACAUGAUUUUUGGUGCAAUAUGUGAAUAUGAAAUCUGUCAUGAUUCAAUUUGAAGAUCAGAAGUGAGCCAAAUAUUGCCGGUUAUCUGAUUUUCGACUUCCAAUUUGCCCGACCAAUCGCUUCACCUGUUUGUUCUCAGGAAAACAACAACAACCCGUUGAAGGAUUGGCAUGGUAAUUAGACCGGUAUUGCGGUUGGAAAAGCUCUUGUGUCGUGUCGGUCGGGUCCACUGCACUUUUGAAGAACUCGGUUACCUAUUUUCCGUAGACAUUUUCCCGAAAUUUGGGAUAUUGUCUUCAAACAACCUCUUGCAGUGACCGUGUGUGAGCCCGGUGCCAUGUCGGAGGUCGGAGUGCUUCAGCAGUCGGACUCUGUUGCCUUGAGCGAGUCUAGCUGUGAUUCAGGGAAAAACGGAGCAGCCCUUGAUCAUGUUUUGGAUACAGCCAAUGAGUCCUUAGAGGAAGAACCCACGGUGGAGAAAGAAGAAGAGACAGCGGCCCCCGAUGCUGUCACCGGUAAGCCGGAGGUCUCCAAUGAACACGCCUCGAACACACAAACAGUAAAUGGCCAGCGCCCAGGCUCUCUGUCAGUGUCAGCAGCACCGGCACCAGCACCAGCACCGGGGUCCAACCUGUGGACAUGUCAAGCUGAUGGCGAAGUGAAGCUCCGCAUGGAAGAUUCUGGCCUAGCAGCGGAGACCCCUUUGACGGUCCAUCAGCUCUUCACAACAGCUGUGAAGAAUUUUGGCAACUAUACCGCUGUGAGCUGGAAAGAAGGCGAGCAGAAGAAGAGCUUGAACUACAAGCAAUACUACGAGACCUGUCGCACAGCAGCCAAGAGCUUCCUUAAGCUUGGGUUGCAGCGUUACCAUGGCGUAUGUAUCCUAGGCUUCAACUCUGUCGAGUGGUUCAUCGCUGACAUCGGAGCCAUUUUGGCAGGUGGCUUUGCUGUGGGCAUCUACGCAACCAACUCGCCAGAAGCAUGCCAGUAUGUGGCCGAGAACUGCAAGGCUAAUAUCCUUGUGGUGGAGAACCACAAGCAGCUGCAGAAGAUCCUUCAAGUGCAAGACAGUUUGCCACAUCUGAAAGCCAUUGUCCAGUACAAGGGGAAACUGAAAGAGAAGAAAGCAAACCUGUACAGCUGGUCCGAGUUCAUGAAACUGGGAUGUGACGUUUCUGACGUUUCGCUCGAUGACAUCAUCGCCAAGCAGAAGCCUAAUAAGUGCUGCACGCUCAUUUACACCUCAGGAACCACCGGCCAGCCCAAAGGAGUCAUGCUCAGCCAUGAUAAUCUGACAUGGACGGCGCUCUCCACCGCUCGGCACGUGGGCCUGACGGAUGCCACAGAUUCCCAGGAGGUGGUGGUCAGUUACCUUCCCCUCAGCCACAUCGCCGCCCAGAUGGUGGACAUCUGGCUCACCAUGAGGGUGGGCGGGGUCACACAUUUUGCUGACCCCGAUGCACUUAAGGGCUCGUUGGUGAACACCAUGAAGGAGGUGCGUCCCACGGCCUUCAUGGGGGUGCCACGUGUCUGGGAGAAGAUGCAAGAGAAGAUGAAGGCCACUGGAGCAAAGUCGUCGGCUGUUCGCCGCAAAGUUGCUGCCUGGGCCAAAGACGUGGGUCUGCAGACCAAUCUGUCCAAGAUGAACGUAACCAGAGCAGCGGAACACACACCGUUGAGUUACCAAAUAGCCAAGAAGCUGGUGUUCAAGAAGGUGCGCAAGGCUCUGGGUCUGGACCGCUGCCACAGGUGCUACACGGGUGCCGCCCCUAUUACCCGGGACACGCUGGAGUUCUUCCUCAGCCUGGACAUUCCAUUGUACGAGCUGUACGGCAUGAGCGAGUCCACCGGACCGCACACCAUCUCCCUCCCAGAUGCCUUUAGGAUCACCAGCUGUGGCAAGGAGAUCCCUGGGUGCAAGACAAAGUUGCACAACCCAGACCAAGAUGGGAGCGGCGAAGUCUGCUUCUGGGGUCGCCACGUCUUCAUGGGUUACCUCAACAUGGACAACAAGACUGAGGAAGCUCUGGAUUCGGAGGGCUGGCUGCAUUCCGGCGACUUGGGCAAACGCGACAGCAAUGGAUUCCUCUUCAUCACCGGUCGAAUUAAAGAGUUAAUCAUCACAGCAGGGGGAGAGAACAUCCCUCCUGUGCCAAGCGAGGACGCAGUCAAGGAAACCCUGCCGCUGAUUAGCAAUGCCAUGCUGAUAGGAGACAAGAGAAAGUUUCUGUCCAUGCUCCUCACCAUUAAGUGCCAGCUUAACGCUGACGGCGCCCCAUUGGACGAGCUCGCUCCAGAGGCCGUGGAGAUCUGCAGGAAACUGGGAAGUCAAGCAACGUGCGUCUCCGAACUGGCGGGCGGCCGCGAUCGCGCCGUAAACGCUGCCAUCCAGGACGGCAUCAACCGGGUGAAUGAGAAAGCCAUCUCCAACGCUCAGCGGAUCCAAAAGUGGCACAUUCUCCCGCAAGACUUCUCCAUCACUGGAGGAGAGCUGGGUCCCACCAUGAAGCUGAAGCGGCCGGUGGUGUCCAAAAUGUACCAAGAGCAGAUUGACAACUUUUACAAGGAAGUGACAUCUCCGACAACCCCCGACAACCCGCUGCCUACCAAAUAAGAGAAACGAGUUGCUCGACACGAGACUCGCUCUUUGUUCGAAUAUAUCCAUCUGCUUGUUUAUCGUUUUUUCAAGUUCUGUUUUUAUUGCCUUAUUUUGGUUUACAUUUGUGGACAAGAGAAAGCCAUUGUAAAUUCAAUUAGCUUUGUUGUUGGUUUUUUUCAACUAUUUAUUUGUGUUGCAUACGGAUGUGAAGUAGCAGCAAAGAAAAGCUCGUUUGUGAUGAUGACCAUUGAUUGCACUGUCAUACUUGAAAAUCACAAAAUUCCCCAAAUAGCUUUGAGAAAAGUUUGAUUCAACAGCGAAUUUUCAGUUUGCUUGGGCCAAAGACUUGUCCAUACAGCCAUACAUAACACGUAACAAAGUCAAUACCCUCACAAUAUUUAGGAACACGUCUUGUAAACAAGCAUUGCAGUCAAGUUAAGCGGUAAGCUAAUGCUAGCGUUAGCGAGAAGCUAACGAAUGCAUUUAAGGCAUUAUUGUGUUCCCCAAGAAUUACCUUCGAUGCAAUUCAUCUGAUAAAAGUGCUCAAAAUACAUCCGCAAGUGAAACCAUAGAGCGCGAAGCGCUAAAAUCAGCAAAAAGACUAAUGCUAAGUAUGCUAAUGCUAGGAAAACGAGGGUAUCAUGGACACACAAUAAUGUGAACGUGAAAUACAGGUUACUAUUUUUGUGUCGUCUCAAGCUUACCGCUUUACUCUGUCCGUCGUUUCCACAGAUUGAAGGAACUGAAGCCUCAAUGAGACCAAGUCUUUCGGCAAAUCCUUUUUUUGUGUAGAUUAAUGCAUCCAACAAGGGAGAAUUUCGAUCUUGGGCAUCCUUGAGUUGUUUGCACGACAAAAGUCUCUCCGGGCAAUAAAGAUGGCGGAAUGGUGAAACCGUUUGGCCGCCCCCAUUACUUUGUUUGGUAGACUGCCGUAAUAGAUGAAAAAUACAAAAUGGAGAGUAAGAAAUAUCCUCCAAACAUAUAAAAGUCCUGGAGACACGAAGUGCACAAUAAAAUGUAUUUAAAAGCUAAAAAAAAAAAAGGAUUUUCCAUGAUAUGUAUGUAAUGAAAUCCUUCAUUUGUGGAUCGGUUGAAAAGGAAGUAGUAUCACAUUUAAAUUAUGACGUUAAAUCCAGAUCGUAUACUUUAUAUAUUAAACCAAAUCAUCCAAAUAGGUGAAGCUUUUUGGGCUGAGGUGACAGCUGGAGGCUCGCUCGUUCAUUUGCACUGGUUGCGGCCUCCUUAACGUGUGUUCACUUGCUGUGCUCUUAAAUGGUAUUGGAUUGUAAAUAUGCUUUUGCUUUCAACCUUCAUGUGUUUGUUUAAGUGCAAGGAAAAUGAAACAAUGUUGGAUUAUAUUCAACUGGUAUAACUGAGUUCUUUAUAUCUAAACAGUUGGCACACUUUAUGCAACUUGUGUCAAAUACUAUUAUGAUCCUCAAGCAUUUAGUUUCCCAGAAAACAGUCUCUACUUGAAAACCGAAGUUGAUGAAAUCCAAAGAGCUGUAACAUGGUUUGAAAUGAAGAGAAUAUUCUCAGGCUUUGUAAGCACUCUUUUGAUUGUUGUAACAUGAUGGCUUAGGGAACUGGCUCAUGCAAACUAGCUGAAGUUCUGGGUUUACAUGGUGUCAUUUAUUAUUUCUACCAUGUAUUGUUUUGAUGAAGGGAUGUGAGUGAGUUUACCUUCUGUUAAAUUACACUGGUUAUAUGCUGCCAGAAUUUGUUCCUCAAUUUAAUGAAGGAGGCGUCCGUGUGUUCAACUGUAAUUCAAAAUAAGCACCAAGCUGUGACAUUUCCUGGAAAUUUGACUCAACUAACGAUGCUCUUAUUAGUAGGUAUGUGGUUGGUGAGUCAGUUAGGCAGAAGGAAGCUCGUAAAUGUCAAUGACCAAACGGGAAAUAAUAAAGGUUGUCCAUUCCAGUA